AACGGGUGCCCGUUCCCUACCUAGGUUGCUAAAGAGCAGAAAAGGAUAUGAUCACAUACCAACCAGAAUUAUCCAUCAGAGUGGAAAAAAUCCAAUCAUACAAUAUCAUUUCUUGAUAAUUCUUCUCCAAGACUCGACCUUUUUCGCUCACUUACCUUCAUAUCAUCCUCGCCAUACACUCCCCGACUUGAGGCAGUAACACGAAAAAGAAAAUGGCCAACAGAAGACAUCGACCGUCCAAGAAGAACCGGGCCAGCCGGCAAAAGGCUGCCCAGCAAAACGAUGACGGUGCCGCAGAUGGCACCACAGCAUUCACACCAUCGAAGCAGCGGCCACCGAAAGAGACACAAGAUUACGUGGGGGCCAAGAGCCGCGGGAGCGAGGUGAUCGUCUUGAAAUACUACACGCCGCAUCCGGACAACUCGCAAGCCCGCGGCCGGUCGAGCUCGGUGCCCUAUCGCGAGAAGCCGGGUACGCUGUUCCCCGACCACGAGGAGCAGAAGCACGAGGAGGAGCAGUCCGCGGGUGGAGAGCGUGGCUCGUCGACGCCCGCCCGGAGAUGGAGCUGCUCGGCGUCUUUACAGAGAGGGCGGAGCCCCUCGGUUUGUCGGUCGGUGACUGGCUAGAUUGUGGCUAGGUACCUUGGGAGGAUUUGUUUAAUUUGGCUUGGUCUACGUAUUUGUAUAUCUGGAAGCGAUUUUUGUACUGUUGCAUCAGGAAAAACUAGAGCGUGGAGUAGAGUCGAGGAUUGCUUGAAUAACACC